ACGACACGUAUUGCGCUUUCACUUGGUGCCUGUUCCUGUUUCUCCGCGACUUUGCAUACCUCGCGACUCUGAGCAUCUAUAUCUGCCGACGACCGCAACUCACAUUCGGCAUUCCCCAGAAACACCCGCACUUACCAUGUUUAAUCGCGAUGCGCUGUUCGGUGGUAGGAAAGAGGCCCCUCCUGGACAGCGCCAACCAGUCCGCCCACAACAACCACCUCCGCCCGGCGGCUCCUCACACGAUCGAGAAAAGCAAUACGACCAAGGUGGCGCACGCAGAAUGCAGCUACAACCUGUCUCCUCUCCGCGAGAGCUGAUCUUCUCGAACCUUUGUGCCGUAUCGCCUCAAGACAUCGGACCUUCAAGAGAUGGCGGGGAUGUUCACAUCAUGAUAAAUGGGCAAUACGUGUUGUCAGCGCGCCCUCAUCCACAAAUACAGCGUGGUCAGAUCGGUUUAAACGACUUCCAGCGAACAUGGAUGCAGGUUGCACUCACAGACAUUGUGGAAGUUGAGCCAUACGACCCAUUCCGACAGGGCGCACAGAGUUAUUUGGGCAACAUGGACAUCGAGAUUGGGUUCGCUGGCACGAGACCUCAGCAGGCACCGCCCUUUGACCAAGACGAGCUCGCAGACGCAGUGGUCAAGGUCUUCCGCAACCAGAUAUUUGCGCCAGGACAAAGCUUCGGUCUGGACUUCAGAGGUGGUCCGAAGCUUCGCCUGACUAUCAAGACUGUGGAGUUGGUCGAUCUGGCUUCACUAAAGAGCUCAGGACAACAACAGCAGCAAACACAUCCACAUGCGCGAGGCAUUCUGACCCCCGAAACGCAAAUCAACUUCUACAAAGAUGCCAAGUCACCACUUCAGCUCAAGGGGUCGACGCGGCGGCCGGCUGCGAACUCCGUCAUUCGGCCUGACUUCAAAUUCGAGGAUAUGGGCAUUGGUGGACUGGACAAGGAGUUCAGCGACAUCUUCCGACGUGCUUUCGCAUCGCGCAUCUUCCCACCUGGCCUGGCAGAGAAGCUGGGUAUCCAGCAUGUCCGCGGUAUUCUAUUGUACGGUCCUCCUGGAACAGGCAAAACACUCAUUGCUCGUCAAAUCGGCAAGAUGCUGAAUGCCCGCGAACCCAAGGUCAUCAAUGGUCCGGAAGUCUUGAACAAAUAUGUCGGACAGUCAGAAGAGAACAUUCGAAAACUCUUCGCAGAUGCAGAAAAGGAACAGAAAGAAAAGGGCGACGAAUCAGGCCUACACAUCAUCAUCUUCGACGAAUUGGAUGCCGUAUGCAAGCAGCGUGGUUCUGGUGCUGGUGGCGGCACAGGCGUAGGCGACAGCGUGGUGAACCAGCUGCUGUCCAAGCUGGACGGUGUUGAGCAGCUGAACAAUAUCCUCCUCAUUGGUAUGACGAAUCGCAAGGAUAUGAUUGAUGAGGCACUAUUGCGAUCUGGCCGUUUGGAAGUACACAUGGAAAUCAGCUUGCCUGACGAGCCUGGGCGGAGGCAGAUCCUCAAAAUUCAUACGGAGAAGAUGCGUUCCAAUGGCAAGCUCGGCGGCGAUGUUGACCUGGCAGAACUGGCGCGACAGACCAGAAACUUCUCAGGAGCUGAGAUCAGUGGUCUGGUGAAAUCUGCAAGCUCCUUUGCUUUGCAGAGACACAUCAAGGGAGGCACUGUUGCCGCCCUAUCAGAUGACAUAAAUGACAUGCAGCUCCACAUGGCCGACUUCCUUGGAGCCCUCGAUGAGGUAAAACCGCUAUUUGGAGUUAGCGAAGAAGUUCUGGAAGACUGUGUCGAGGGUGGCAUAAUUCACUACGGCCCCCAAAUUGAUAAGAUCCUGAGGAACGGUCGCGAUUUUGUUGAGCAAGUCAGAACAGGCACGACGCGUCUCCACUCCGUACUCCUCCAUGGUCCGCGCGGAAGCGGAAAAACUGCACUCGCCGCACAAAUCGCUCUGAAUUCACAGUUUCCAUUUAUCAAGCUGGUACGGGCCGUCGACAUGGUUGGGAUGAACGAGAUUCAGAAGAUACAGCACCUCAGCAAGGUCUUCACAGACGCCUACAAGAGUCCGCUCAAUGUGCUGGUCCUUGACAACAUAGAACUCAUGGUCGACUGGGUUCCAGUCGGCCCGCGUUUUAGCUCUGCCGUUCUGGCGGCCCUCAAGGGCUUGAUGGACAACAGACCCCCGAAGAACAGGCCCCUUCUCAUUCUGGCCACGACCUCCGAGCGCACAGUUAUGCAGCAAUUGCAGCUCUAUUUCAAAGCACAAAUCGCCAUCCCCGCUCUUCAAACCCAGCAGGAGCUCGCACAUGUUAUGCGUGAAUCCAGCCAGUUCUCGCAGCAAGAUGUGGACAGAGCGAUCGGCGAAAUUCAGGAGAACUUGGGUGGAGAGAAGAGAAUUGGUGUGGGCAUCCAGCAGAUUAUUUUGGCGAUCCAGACUGCGGUACAGGAUCGCGAGGAUCGUGUCGGAAGGUUUGUAGAUCUGAUGUGCGAGUAUAUCAAUGAUGCGGCAGCGGGGAUCGUGUGAGACUGAGAGAGAAGACCUGCGGCGAGGAGCAGCUUGGAAGCAGAUUAGAGUUGGUAGGAAUUUGGCAGUACUGCUGCUCUGAU